AUUUAUUUAUUUCCUUUUUUCCAACCCUCUUUUUUUCCCCCCAAAAGGUGUCCAAGCUACAUAGAACCUCAAAACCUAACACGUGUCUCAGAAUUCUUCCUCCUGGGGUUCUCAGAUGAUCCAGAACUGCAGCCUUUGUUCUUUGGGCUCUUCCUGUCCAUGUACCUGGUUGCCGUAUUGGGGAACCUGCUCAUCGUCCUGGCCGUCAGCUCAGACUCCCACCUGCACACGCCCAUGUACUUCUUCCUCUCCCACCUGUCCUUGGCUGACAUUUGUUUUAUCUCUACCACUGUCCCGAAGAUGAUAGUGGACAUCCAAACUCACAGCAGAGUCAUCUCCCAUGGGGACUGCCUGACUCAGAUGUCUUUUUUGAUCCUUUUUGGAUGUAUGGAUGGUAUGCUUCUGACUGCAAUGGCCUAUGACCGGUUUGUAGCCAUCUGUCACCCUCUGCACUACCCAGUCAUCAUGAACCCUCGUCUCUGCUGCUUCUUAGUUUUGGUGUCAUUUUUCAUCAGCCUUUUGGAUUCCCAGAUGCACAAUUUGAUUGUGUUACAACUUACCUGCUUCAAGGAUGUAAAAAUUUUUAAUUUCUUCUGUGACCCUUCUCAGCUCCUUCGUCUUGCCUGCUCUGACACCCUCACCAAUAACAUAGUCAUGUAUUUUGUUGGUGCCAUCUCUGGUUUUCUCCCCAUCUCAGGGAUCUUUUUCUCUUACUAUAAAAUCGUUUCCUCCAUUCUGAGAGUCCCAUCAUCUGGUGGGAAGUAUAGAGCCUUCUCCACCUGUGGCUCUCACCUGUCAGUUGUUUGCUUAUUUUACGGAACAGGUAUUGGAGUGUACCUUGGGUCAACACUGCUGCCUUCCCCCAGGAAGGAUGUGGUGGCCUCGAUCAUGUAUGCCAUAGUCAGCCCCAUGUUGAACCCCUUCAUUUACAGCCUGAGGAACAGGGACAUCAAGAGGGCCCUAUGGAGAGAGAAAUGGAGGUGCUGUUAUGUUUGUGUAUACAAAGGGAUGCGGUGA